AUGUCCGCAGAGAUCCCUGUUGCCGUCAUUGGAAUUGGCUGCAAGUUUCCUGGAGGUUCUGAUAACAAGGAGUUGUAUUAUGAGUUCCUUAGGUCGAAAGUGCGUGGCAAAGACGAACCUGGAAAGUACCACUGCACGAAGGCUGGUUUCAUAAACGGUAUCGAUCAAUUCGACCAUCUCGAGUUCGGUAUCUCUGCAAAGGAAGCUGCCCACUUCGAUCCCGCAAUUAGGCUGACGCUCGAGGCUGCACAUGCGGCACUUCAAGAUUCGGGCAUUGAUUACAGGGGCUCCAAUACUGGGGUCUUCUUCGGCAACUUGCUCACUACGACAGAUGAACUUGACGAUGACAGAUAUGAAAUAAACAACUAUAAUGGUGUCGGGCGUUGUGUCUCCAUUCGCGCCAAUCGUAUCUCGUUCACUUUUGAUCUCCGCGGACCUUCUUUGACCGUCGAUACCGCAUGCUCGGCGUCUGCGACUGCUAUUCAUCUUGCCCUUUGCUCCAUCAAACUCGGCGAAAUCGAUCAGGCUCUUGUCGUGGGCGCAAAUACAAUUAUUAACCCUGAGCACACUGUUUCGUUUUCAAAGUUGGGUGUCUUGUCACCCACUGGGUCUUCCAAGUCGUUCGACGCGUCGGCGGACGGCUACGCCAGAGCCGAGGGUGUCGCUGCUAUACUUAUUAAGCGGCUUGACCGUGCACUUCAAGAUGGAGAUGUUAUUUAUUCUGUUAUCACCUGGCAAGUCCUGACCAUGCCCGAAGGUGAUAUGCAAGCCGAGACGAUCAAGGAGGCCUACCGUGUUGCUCAUCGCGAUCCUGCUGAAACAUUCUUCGUUGAGUUGCACGCGACAGGUACAAAGGUUGGUGACCCGAUCGAGACCAAUGCUGCUGGCAAGGUCUUCUCCAGGGGCAGGGAUGGCAAGAAGGCCCUUCGUGUUGGUAGUGUCAAAGCGAACAUUGGUCACGCCGAGGGUUGCAGUUUCCUUGCAAGUCUGGUCAAGGUUUCGAUGAUGUUGCACCACAAGGAGAUCAUUCCAAAUAUCCGCUUCAUGAAGGCAAACCCGAAGAUCGAUUUCCCUGCCUUGAAAAUGCGAGUUCAAACAGAGCUGGAGAAGAUUAGUCCCGAGAUGGCUGCGAAGGACGGAAAAUGGGUUACCUCCAUUUCAUCCUAUGGUGUCGGUGGUUCUAACGCACACGUUGUAUUGGAAACCGCUGAGACUGUGGCGGACCUUCCUACCAGUAUGCCACCGGUAACGCCAUCUACCAAGCGCUUGUACCUCUUUUCUGUCGGAUCUCUCACGGAGUCCGCACUCGGACGUUGGAAGGAUGCUCUCAUCAUGGCAUACGAAGGUGUCACUGACGAUCGUACUCUUCGCUCCCUCGCUCGUGACCUUGGUAGGCAGACUCGCGCCUAUACUGCCCGUGCAUUUGCCGUCACAUCUACCUUGGACGCCACUACCAGGUUCUCCAAACCUGUUCUCACUAACACCAAUAAGAGCCCCAAGCUUUGUCUUGUUUUCUCAGGCCAAGGUCCUCAACAUAUUUAUAUGGGUCGUCAACUCGCAGAGGUUUACCCAGUAUUCUUCGACUCGAUCAAGGAGAACGACAGGAUACUGGUUGAGAAAUAUGGUCAAGCAUCCAUGUUGGAGCGCACAGGUCUCUUCUUGCCGGGUGUCGAUUGCAAGCUCCCAUCCAAUGGUGUUUGGCCUGUACAAGAGGUCGUACUCGGUUUGGUGUUUGUGCAAGUCGCUAUGGUCGAUCUCAUUCGCAGCCUGGGUAUCAAGUACGACUUUGUCGUCGGACACAGCAUUGGUGAGAUCGCUAUGGGUUAUGCUUCCGGUCACUACGACCGUGAGAUGGCUGUUGGCAUUGCAACUGCUCGUGCAGCUGCUAUGGUGCAAGCUGAGGGAAACGGGGCCAUGGUUGCGCUUGGGGUCGGGGCGCAGAAAGCGAAGACAGUGAUACGCAAGGUCCUUUCUGAUGCCAAGGUUCCAUCGGGUCUGUGGAUCGCAGGGCGCAGUGAACUUGUCGACGCGCUAGAAGCCUACGCAAAGGACCCCAGUGUCAAAGUUUUCGCUGCCAAACUUCGUGUUACCUGUGCCUUCCACACCCCGCUCAUGGAAGCACAGGAGGCGCUCUUCAAGGAACGCGUUGCUGGUACUUCAUUGUCUCAGGGUACGAUGGCGCCGAUCGCCAAGGUUAUGUCCACGACGGACGGCAAGUGGCUCGACCGCGAUCUGGAUGUCAACUACUGCUGGGACAACAUUCGUCGCCCCGUGCUGUUCGGAACUGCUAUCAACAAGAUUGUUACGGACGAAAGUGCCAAUGGCGUGGUCUUUCUCGAGAUUGCGCCCCACCCGGUUUUGAAAGCUUACAUCGAGCAAUGUUUGAUUCGUCGGCCCAACCCCAAGGUUCCUGCCCAGAACACUGGAGAGCACUACCAGUUCCUUGAAGGCAUCGGUAAUCUCCUCGGCACUGGAUUUAAGAAUGUCGACUUCAACCAACUGUGUGCGUCGCCCGAAGGCACGACGGACUUCACCAAGGCGAAGCUACCUGAAUAUCCGUACAACAAGUCGUACUGCUGGGCAGAGUCUGCCAGCGACCAAUCCCGCAGGCUUCGACACAAGCCUCGCCCAGUUGCAACGCCGCAUUUCCGCAUCAACGUUGACACUCAUCCCGACUUGACAGGACACAUCGUCUUUGACGCCGUUCUUUUCCCGGCAUCAGGCUACGUCGAGAGCAUUUUAGAGAACGGUGCAAUGGUUGUCACUGAUAUCGCGAUUCACAAGCCCCUCGUUUUGAACGGUUCCGGAUCCAACCCUGGCCACGCAGGCUGCGUUAUCGAUGGCGACAAGUGGCAAUUUAAAGCGUCAACCAACAACGAGUUUUACGAUGGCGAGAUCCUUAUGGACUCCGUUUAUGCUAGUGGCCAGUUCUCCCGGAUUAAUCCCGCUUACGACGAGAGCGCUCCUCGUAUGUUCGAUUUCGAGGCUAGGCUUGCGUGUGCGCGCGGUUCGGUCACUGGAGAUGAAUUCUAUGACGCAAUUCCUUCUGCCUACCGUUAUCAGAAGCAUUUCAGGGACUAUCUCAAGGUCGUGUACGAGGUUGACGAUGAGAACAGCUGGGGCGGAAAGGCCUACCUCACUCGUCUCGAAGUUCCAGAGCGGACCCCCGAUGUCUUCGGAAAUGGUUACGUUAUACACCCUGGUAUUCUUGACAGCAUCACGCAGUGCGGCCUCGCCAUGUUCAUCAAUAUGGAUACCAAACAAUUUGACUUCAACGGUGUUUUCCUUCCUGUCAAGAUCGAUGCCCUUCGGCGCUGGGAUAGCCGUGACGCACCUGACUUGGACGCAGAGCUCAAGAAAGGCAUGUGGACAUACUUCACAGGAAGGACGUGGGCCCCUGGCGGUCCUUUCAAAUCCGAUUAUAUCGUCGCCAACUCGGAGGGUCGGAUUCUCUUCACCAUUGAAGGCUUCGAGAUUGCUCGUGCUCCCGACGCAGAACCUGUCACCAUUAAUGAUAACAGCCUCGAGGAACGUCUGACCACCACUUGGCAAUCGAAGUCAUUCCCUGCUGCAUCGCACACCCUCACCCCGACGGACUCCCUGAGCACUGUUUUCAAGUCUGUCAUUAGCGCCGCUGCUAUUGCUGGUCGCAAAGUUGUUAGGGCCAUCGACCUGGCGCAGACCAUCGAUAUCAGUACAAGCCUCGACUCGACCCUCGGUGACCUCAUCGCAGACACUGGUGCCCUUGUUGAAUACUUUUGCGCUGCCACCACUCCUGAAGAUGCUGAUUCAAAGACUACUUUGAUGAAGUACCCUCAUGCCAGGUCUCUAGAAGUCAAGUCCUGGAAACUCGUCGAUGGCACUGAGCAUAGUUAUCAUUUGAGCUAUGAUGUCGCUUUAUACCACGUUGACCUUUCCGCAGUCCCCGUUGAAAUCGCCUCCUUGGCCAACUUCCUCGUACCCAAUGGUGUCAUCCUUUUGACUGUCUCAAAUUCCCAAGCAGCGGUCGAGGACGCCUCUAUUCAACCACUCACUUUCAGAGCCUUAGUGGACAAUUUUUCCACUAUUCCCGGAACAGCCGUACAAGCGACCGAGUUCAUGAGCGGACAGGCUCUUAUCUACAUUCGUGUCAGCGAACCUGCUCUCGUGGUUCCCGCGCCACCAUUCAAGAGCGUUAUCGUUCAGCCAUUCGCUCACGGCCAAGAAGGUGACCUCGUCGAAAUUGCCAAGAACAUCACCGCAGAAGCCGAGUUGUGGAUCACCGGAAAUGACGAUGCUGCCGGUAUUGGUGCCCUGAGUGUUGCAUCUUGCAUCAUCGCAGAAUCCCCCGGAUACAAGAUCUAUUCGGUAUUGUUCGAGGAUCAUUCGCUGGACAACGACGCUCGCGAGAAGGCCGUGCACGACUUACGCCGCAACUCACUGCUGCUUGAGCAACACAUGAAGAUUACGAAGGAUGGUGAAGUCUUCGUUCGCAGGCUCGUCCACGGCGGUGCGGAGGUGAAGGACGCCGUCAUUCCUGCGGCUUCGAUCACCGAAUCCGGAGCUGUCUCUGCAUAUUUCCCGCCCGCGCUGGGGCCAUCCGAAAUCGAAAUCGCUGUCGAAGCUCUUGGCACCGAGGUCAACGCCUCCCCGCAACCUGCCCUUACUGUUGUCGGUCGCAUCAAAUCCACAGGUAUGAAUGUUGCACGUAACGAUCUUGAUGGUCUUGUUGUUGCCAUUGCCUCUCAGUCCCCUGCGGACGUUGUAGUCGUUCCCCAAGAUGCAGUUGUCUCGUUACCGGUUGGUGUCAGCUCUACGGAUGCUGCUUCCUUGACCGCCUCCUUCCUUGCAUCCUGGAUUGGUUUGGUGGUCCGCGGUUGUAUCAAGUCAAGUUCAAUCGUCCUUAUCCACGACGCUACCUCAGCUGCUGGCUUUAGCGCUAUCCAGGUUGCGAAGCGAUUUGGCAGUCGAGUGUUAUGUACUGUUGCAGACAGAGCUCAAGCCGCUGCGGUCUCGUCAACCAUAGAGGUGCCCAUGUCAGAUAUUAUUGCCAUCGACAAUUUCGCCACCGCCGUACUAGGCUGGCUUCGCUCAAACUCAAUACGUGCAUUCGAUAUUGUGCUCAAUGCUGGCGGAAAGAGGGCGUUCGCCCACGGCGCAGACCUCCUUUCUGUGUUUGGCUCAUACAUUCACAUUGAAGGAAACGAGUUGUCUCAGAUUCCAUCGGGCUCCUAUUCAACUCAGGUUUUGGACAUCAACCGCUUCGCUGCCGCGUCACCCGUUCCACUUGCCCCGGUUCUCGCUGCUCUUCUUGAAGCGCACACUUCUCAACCCUUCAAGUUCCGCUCGCACUUAGCAUCAUUCUCUUCGUAUUCGUCGUCCCAAGUCGUAGAUGCGUAUUCGCUCGUCGCCAUCCCAGAUUCACUGCACUCUGUUCGUAUCGACCCAGUUGGACAGUUAUUCGAUCCCCGCAAGAGUUACAUUCUCGUCGGAGGUUCCAGCGAGCUCGGCGUGCGCAUCACUGAAUGGAUGGCGAAUCACGGUGCUCGCCAUGUCUUCUUGACAAGUCGCCGUGGCCCUCGCGGUCUCACGAAGGUUGAUAACUUGUACAUCCACUACCUCCGUUCAAAGGGCGUGCAGAUCGAAGCUAUCGCAGCUGAUGCGAUCAGCAAGGACCAAACUGCUGCUGUCGUAGAACGAGCGAAGAAGGCUGGUCCUAUCGGCGGCCUCUUCGUCAUGACAGUUGUCCUGCGCGAUGCAAAGUUCACAAACCUCACGCAGCAAUCCUUUGACGAUGUGUAUGAGUCUAAGGUCGCUGUUCUCAAUACCCUCAUCACCUGCAUCGAUCCCACCACCAUUGACUUUAUGCUUCUUUUCUCUACUAUUGGUUCUGUCUUUGGUAAUGCCGGCCAAGCAGCAUAUUGCGCAUCUCAACUCUACCUUGACCGCAUAUCUGAUGAUCUACCCAAUACGAUUUCGAUGUCCUUCCCUCCCAUCACGGACUCCGGUAUCUUCAAGCGGCUUGUCCUUGCUACGAAGGGCAAGGCUAACACGGCUCAGCUCACGAAGACUGGCAUGACCACAGCGCAAGUUUGCAACUUCAUUGGUGACUCUCUCGUUCGCCGUAUUACACACUAUGUCCCUAUGCUUGCUAUUAGCGAUGUUCCCGAUACCUUCCCGUCAUGCGAACCUUUGUUGUACAGCCACCUUCUCCCUAAGAAGUUUUUGGUGGCCAACAGUGCGGGAGGCAAUGGCAGUGACGUGGUGGAGUCGCCAGCGACCCUGCUUGCUGCCCUUCUUAGCAUGGACAUCGAGCAGAUCAUGGAUAAUGCCCUGAUCACGAGUUUCGGCCUCGACUCCCUCGGAGCCACGCGCUACAGCAAUCAGCUCCAGGCACGGUUUAACAUCCAAGUCAGCCAGAUCGAACUUUUGGGUUCGAUGACGAUUGCCAUGUUGAACGAGUUGUGUGCCAAGGUUGGCGCACAAGAUGGUGGAAGUGACACUGUUGCAGCGUCUGAUGAUGGGUCUGGAAAAUAUGGCGAACCUCUGGUGCCCGUCCUCAAUGACCGACUCGCAUAUGACGAACCUUACACGACCGGUGCCUCACCCCACCAAUAUCGUAUCUGGUUGGCUCAGCGUGAAUAUGAUAACGCUCGUAAGCGCGCGAUUAACAAGAUUGAUGCCAACAUGUCGCGCUAUGGAGCUACCCAGUGGGAUACCCAUGAGGGUUACUUUGUCACUAUUUCCACCGAGACACCAUUGGAUGUCGAUCGCAUGACGAAAGCUUUCGCUGAGGUCGUCCAGCGCCAUGGCGCGCUUCGGACCACCUUCACCUGGAAUGAGGAGCUCGGGAAGCUCGAACAAACAAUUUACCCGUCCGUGGACUUCAAAGCAACCCUUGUGGAUCUCUCCAGCGAACCUGAUGCUGCAGCUAAGGCCUACGAGAUGAGUCUGGCGUUGAACAAACGGCCGAACUUCAAGCUCGACCGUCUUCCGCUCUUGAUCGCCACCAUGUUCGAUCUCGGCGGCGGCGACUGGGCAUUCAAUGUAGUGAUUCACCACAUUAUCAUCGAUGAAGCAUCACUCGGCGUGUUCUUCUACGAGCUUUUCCAGAUCUAUUUGAACGGCCCAGAAAGUUUACCCGAAGUUCCGAUCCACUACUCCGAUUUCAGCGAUUGGCUCUUGAAGACCACAGAACGCCGUACAGAGCUCCGUGAAGACCACCUGAAGUUUUGGGUGGAGAACUUGCAGGAGACGCAGCCGCUUCACUUGACCCUUGCUACGCCAUCUGAUCAGGAGCUGGCACCUAUCACCCAGAUUGAGGCAAAGAUUGGAGUUGGUGCUCUUGAGCACUACACGAAAGUAAUCAACGCUACUACUGCCACACCCUUCGCAGGGUUCUUUGCUGCAUAUAACAUCCUCCUCCACAAAUACUCUGCGGGUCAAUCGUCAUUCGUCGUGGGCACCGCUGUCACGCAACGCAAUCUUCCCAUGCUUAUGAAUGUUAUCGGUUUCUUCGCUAACUUGCUUCCUAUCAAAACCGUGAUCGAUGAGACCAAGACAUUCGCAGAGUACCUCGGCGAGUUCAAGGACGCGCUGAUUGCUUCCCUCGCCCACGAUGAAGUUACUUAUGAAGAUAUUGUCACGGAGGGGAAGUCGUCCUCUACCGGUCGUGGGUACUUCAAGCAUUUGUUUGCCCCCGGAGGCAUGAACAUGGAGACCAUUUCCCAACUGGAGUCGAACCAUUUGACAACCAAGUCCACCGUCUCCUUACCCAAUGGGGAGGAACAAUACGAAUUCCUACUUACUGUCCAUCCCAGAUCUGGUCACGUCAUCCUUCGCUUCGACAACCACCUCUACACCGAGGACGCAGCGCGCCAGUUCCUAGACGCCUAUAUCUCAUUAGUAGAGACACUUGGCCGCGAUCCCCAUGUUACGAUCAGAGACAUAUCCGUUGUCACUGAGUCUGAACAUGAACGCCUAGUCAAGGAACUGUCCUCUUCUUCUAAGGUCGCGGUGCGGGAAAGUUUACUUCAUCGGCUGGUUGAGGAGCAGGCGAAGAAAACCCCACACCUCACUGCUGUCGAGUUUGAAGACGAGCCAUUUACAUACAGCGAACUAAACUCCACUGCCAACAGAAUCUCCCGGACACUCAUCCAACAAGGCGUGCGCCAUGGCGAUGUCAUUGCCCUGUGCUUUGAUCGUGGCAUCAGCCAGAUCUUGGGUGUCCUGGCGGUCUUGAAGGCUGGCGCAACUUUCGUGCCCUUGGACCCUGACGACCCCACUCUGCGCAAGGAGUUAAUGGUCGAAGAGUGUGGCGCAAAGGUGCUGCUCACGACUUCAAACCACUCUCGCGUCUUCCAGAAGAGCUUAGCUUCGAAAGUUCUGAUCGUUUACAUCGAUGAUACGAUCUACCGGAAGCGUCUGACCAAGCUCAGCGCGGAUGACUUCGACGUUGAAGGACUUACCCCCAACAGCCUUGCCUACAUCAUGUUUACAAGUGGAAGCACCGGGAAGCCGAAGGGCGUCAUGAUCGAGCAUCGAUCAAUCUCUAAUCUCGUUCAGAACUCAAGCGUAUAUGGUUUCCAGCAAGGUCUUCGUGUGAUGUCUUCCUUAGCCUACACUUUCGAUCCUUUCGUGGUGGACGUUUUCGGCUCCCUCUCUCAUGGCGCCACUCUUGUCACUGGCCGCAAGGAACUUGUCCUUGGUGACAUACCCCAGGCCAUUCGUUCUCUGCGCAUCAACGUCCUUCACGUUACGCCUUCCAUUCUCGCAGUCGUCCCUCUCUGCGAAUACCCGACUCUAAAGACUGUUGUCGUCGCAGGUGAAGCCCUUGGCAAGAAGCUUAUCGAGGACUGGUGUGGUCGCGUCACGCUGCACAACAUGUACGGACCCACAGAAGCCUCCGUUGACUGUACCUCAUGUCAUGUUACGGGUCCUGCUCUCACCGGCGUUAUCGGUCGUCCGCUUCCUAACUGUCGCAUCUACAUUCUCGACAAGCAACUCAAGCCCACUCCCAUCGGCGUUGAGGGCGACUUGUACAUCGGAGGCAUCCAACUGGCACGCGGCUACCUCAACCAACCUGAGCUCACCGCUGCUGCGUUUGUCCCCAACCCUUUUUCCCGGAAUGAGCGCAUUUACAAGACGGGCGACAUUGCGCUCUACCGCCCUGAUGGAAACGUAGAGUACUGUGGGCGUGCUGACCGUCAGAUCAAACUUCGCGGCCAGCGUAUCGAACUCGGUGAAAUCGAAGACACAAUUGCCAAAUACUCCUCAGUGAAGCGUGCCGCCGCUGUCAUUCGUACAGUCCAAGACGCUCCUGCCAUCGUCGCCUUCGUCGAGCUGAAAAAUGUCGCUGACGGCCAGCUCGAGGAGGAGAAAGAGGCAUUGAAGGUCUUCGUUGCAGAGCGCCUCCCGCGGUUUAUGUAUCCUUCGCUCAUCGCAGUGCUCCCCCAACUUCCCACAUCUCGCAGUGGUAAAAUCGAUCGCAAUGCGCUCAAGCAGAUGGACCUUAAGACAUUUGCACCCGACUUGAAUGACGAUAUCGGCACGCCCUCUGGUGACGUCGAGGUAGAGCUGAUGAAAAUCUUCAGCAAGGUGCUCAAGGCGGAGAAUGGCAGUUUCGGCGUUAACCAUGAUUUGUUUGCCGUGGGCCUCAACUCCCUUAUGGCAGUCCAAGCCGCUGGCGUGGUCUCCAAGACGUUUGAUGUUCACGUUGGCCUCAACAACAUCUACCUUAGGCCAACCAUCCGCGAGUUGGGUACGCUGAUCGUCGACGCCAUGGGUAAAGAUUCCCGCAUCAUCAUGGAAGCGGAAGACGCAGACGCAGACUUCCUCAUCGAGUUCCUUCCCAUCAAAAAGAAGGGCAUGCAGCCCCGUCUCUUUAUCGUUCACGAUAUCACAGGCAUGGCUACUCCAUUCAUGCGUCUUGGCGCAUACAUGCCGAAUGAGAUGUACGCCAUUGGUGACAAGCACUUCGGUUCCGAGACGGGUUUCGGUUCGAUCGAUGCCAUGGCGGAACACUAUAUCAGCCUCAUCAAGAAAGUCCAACCUGAAGGUCCAUACGUCAUCGGGGGUUACUCGUACGGAGGAUCAGUCGCUCUUUGCAUGGCUGCCAAGUUGGCAACGCGUGGCGAAGAGGUUGCACACCUCAUCCUGUUUGAUCCCAUCUUCAUCCCAUCUUCGGAGCGUCAGAGCCUGAAGUCGACAGACUGGACACAGCGGUCGAUCGACCGCAUCACGUCCAACUUCCCUGACAUUGGGGAGAAGUGGAAGAAUAAGCUCCGUACUGAGAUCCGCAAGAACCUGGAGUCCAUGUUCGACUACGAGGCCGACUUCUAUGAUGGGCCGACUACCCUUGUUGUACCGAAAGAUAGAUCAUGGUAUCGCAGCGGCGCGGCAAGUGACUUCGACACUGGAGCAGAUGACCACAAUGGUUGGGAUGCCCGCAUCAAGAAUCUGGAUAUGAAGGUCGCUGCUGGAUCUCACGACACAAUGUUUACGCCUGCACACGUGAAGGUGCUCGCUGGAGUCUUAAAGGAGAUCCUUGCAACUGUUCCAGGCGCAGGCUCUGUAAGUAUCUGA